AUGAAAUUAGGACUCAUCAUCAUCUCUCACAGUUAUUUACUUCCAUCGCCUCCUUUGUCCCCUUUCUCUUGCGUUCGAUUGUUUCCACCAACCCAUAACAAUCUCAAUCUCUCACUCCCAGUGAGAAAACGCCAGAUUCCGGUUAUUUGCAGGAAGAGUGAGCUGUUGCAGAGUGAGAUAAUGGAAUCUGGAGGAGAAGCUUUGGUGAAGAAGAGAACCAUUUAUCCUCCCAUUGAGCCAUACAACAACGGAAUUCUAAAAGUUUCAGAUAUUCACACAAUCUACUGGGAACAAUCAGGAAAACCUGAUGGACAUCCAGUUGUGUUUCUUCAUGGAGGGCCAGGAGGAGGAACAUCUCCUGGUAACAGGAGAUUCUUUGAUCCCGAGUUUUAUCGGAUUGUUCUGUUUGAUCAGAGAGGUGCGGGGAAGAGUACGCCGCAUGCUUGCUUGGAGGAGAACACCACAUGGGACCUUGUGAAUGAUAUUGAGAAACUUAGAGAACAUUUGAAAAUUCCUGAAUGGCAGGUUUUUGGUGGAUCAUGGGGAAGCACUUUAGCACUUGCUUACAGUCAGUCACACCCUGAUAAGGUUACUGGUUUGGUCCUUAGAGGGAUCUUUUUGUUGAGAAAGAAGGAGAUUGAUUGGUUUUAUGAAGGUGGUGCUGCUGCUAUUUACCCUGAUGCUUGGGAGGAGUUCAGAGAUUUUAUUCCUGAAAGCGAGAGAGGUUGCCUUGUGGACGCAUAUCACAAAAGACUCAAUUCUGAUCACCCGGAAACUCAAUAUGCAGCUGCAAGAUCCUGGACAAAAUGGGAAAUGAUGACUGCUCAUCUUCGUCCAAACGAUGAAAACAUUCAAAAGGCAGAAGAUGAUAAGUUUUCAUUGGCCUUUGCAAGGAUUGAAAACCACUACUUUGUUAACAACGGUUUCUUUACCUCGGACUCAUACUUGCUGGACAAUGUUGAUAAAAUAAGACAUAUCAAGACCACCAUUGUUCAGGGAAGGUAUGACGUAUGCUGUCCUAUGAUGUCUGCUUGGGAUCUGCACAAAGCAUGGCCAGAGGCAGACCUCAAAAUUGUUGAUGAUGCUGGACACUCAGCGAAUGAGCCUGGAAUAGCAGCAGAGCUUGUGGUUGCCAAUGAAAAGAUGAAAGCAUUCGCAGGAUGA